AUGUUUACAUUUACAAGUGUAUCAUCACCUUUCCUAAAUCAUUUAUCGAGAACUCCAUCGCGUCAUAGUCGAAUACAUCGACCACCUUCGCCAUGGUCAAAUAAUUUAGCUGAUAAUGGAAAGGCAACGUUUUUUGUACAAUAUGCUGGAACGAUUGAAUUAAGUCAAGCAGACGACAAAGAUUUAUCAUAUAAGAAAAAAUUGCUCAUGUUAAUUUAUCGACAUCAGCUUGAGAAUAAUCUAUCAACAAAUUUAACAGAAAGAUCAACUGUCCAAUUACAUAUUACUACAGAAAUCAUGACAUUUAUGGAUUCUGAUCAAAACACUAUUCUAUCACUGGCACCACAAAAUACAAUAAUGUGUUACUAUGUAGAAUAUCGAUUGAAUCACAUUAUGGCAAUGAAAUUUAUUCGUACAACAGAAAAAAUUGAACUUGCUGUAUUUUUAAUGUUUGAUCGUCGUGAUGCUGAUGAUUUGUGUUCAUCAAUGGAUUAUUGUUUUCGUUCAAUUUAUAUUGCCAAUGAAUAUAGUUCUAAUAUAGCAAAUAAACUAUCGUUACUCAAACUACCAUUAUCAGCAACACAAUCAAAUACAGCAACUUCUAUAUCAUCGAUAAAAAAUAAUAAUACACAAAAUGUACCAAACAAAGAAACAACAAUAUGGCAUUCGGAUCCGAAUUUAUCCGUUGAAACAUCAACAAUAGUUACAACUGAAUCAUCUACAUCAUCUGAAAUAAAUAUUCCAGCACACCGACAUCAUCGACGAGAUCGAAAUUCAAAAAAAAGUACAAAGUCUGCUGAAUCUUCAACAAAAGGAAUCAAAUCAUAUUUACACAUAAUACGAAAUUAUUUAGUUCAUCUCCAAAAAGAAUUGAAUCAAGAAGAAUUGACAAAAUUUGGCGAUUUAUUAUCACGUUGGCAAGCUGAAAAAAUUACAUUUCGAUCAUUUGUUGAACAGACAUCAAAUUUAUAUGGUGAAUCGAGACUUUAUUUAUUGAACGAAAUGGAACAUUUUGCACCGGUCGAAGAACAAAUAUGGUUUGAAGAAUUUUUAAAAGAUUUAAAUGUAAAUACAACAACGAGUAGUACAGAAACAUUAUUAUUGGAGGAACAAAGUGGCAAUUCUAACACUCAGAUAUGA